CCCAUUAAAGUUGCCAACAAAACUGAGGACAUCCCUUGAAAAUCUUCUUCCAUUCAGACUAACGGGUGUCUCUUCUCUGUCAGUCCGGCGCUUCUGCAGUGUUUUCAUCUCUUCAUCUCCAGACUGAAACCUUUUCUUCAUCUCUACAAUGGCAGCGUUGGGAAACCGUGGAACUGUGACUGAGGCGUCAGGCUUCAAGCCAGAGGAUGAUGCCCAGAAAAUCUAUAAUGCCAUGAAAGGAGCAGGUACCAACGAGGCGACUAUCAUCGAGAUCCUCGCUCAUCGCACGAUUGCACAAAGGCAGAAAAUCAAGGAGGCUUUCAAGCUGAGCGUGGGAAAGGAAUUGAUGGACUGCCUGAAGUCUGAGCUGACUGGAAACUUUGAGAAGGUUGUGGUGGGCCUGAUGAUGCCUGCAGCGGUGUACGACGCACAUGAGCUGAGAAACGCCAUCAAGGGAGCAGGGACGGAAGAGGCUUGUCUAAUUGACAUCCUGGCCUCGAGAAGCAAUGCUGAGAUAAAAGAAAUCGUCGCCGCUUACAAGAAAGAACAUGACAAGAGUCUUGAAGACGACAUCUGCGGAGACACAUCCGGAAUGUUCCAGAGGGUCUUGGUGUCAUUGCUCACGGCUGGGCGUGACGAGAGCACUAAGGUAGAUGAGGCUCAGGCUGUCCAGGAUGCAAAGGACAUCUAUGAGGCUGGUGAAGCUCGCUGGGGAACAGAUGAGGUGAAGUUUCUGACGGUUCUCUGUGUGAGAAACAGAAAUCACCUUCUGCGAGUGUUUCAGGAGUAUCAGAAGAAAUCUGGACGAGACAUUGAGGACAGCAUAAAGCGAGAGAUGUCCGGCUCUCUGGAGGAUGUAUUUCUGGCAAUAGUGAAAUGCAUAAAAAACAAGCCAGCGUUUUUUGCCGAGAGGCUCUACAAGUCCAUGAAGGGUUUAGGGACUACAGAUAGUGUGCUGAUCAGGAUCAUGGUGGCUCGUGCAGAGAUAGAUAUGCUGGAUAUCAAAGCAGAGUUCCUGAAGAUGUACGGAAAAACCCUGCACUCCUUUAUAAAGGGCGACACGUCGGGCGAUUACCGUAAGAUCCUGCUGGAGCUGUGCGGAGGUGAAAAGUAACACAUCCGCCAUGUUCAUUAACAUUAAACGCUUUUUCCCAUCAGGCCUACAGCAUUUCACACACAUUCCUAGUUUGUAAUACCAAUUAAAAACCCAACAUUGGUGUUUUGAACAAGAUUCAUGAUUACUCUGUUCAUUGCUUUUGCAUUUAUAGGUGUCUUUAAUAGAUCUACACCUUAAUAUAAAUAAAUAAAAGAAGAGGAGAACAUCCCAUA